CUCUCUCUAUCUCUCUCUCUUGUUGUCAUAUCUUAUAGGGUGGGUAGCUAGCUCUAGCUAGCUAGCUAAAAUAUCAAAUAGUUCUCACAGUGACACGGUCCUUACAUCAAACCCAUAAUCUGCACGCCUACACCGUCCCUUGCUCCCACACCUUCCCCUGUAGAGUACCUAAAGUUAAGCUUUGCCUUUGCCUUUGCCUUUGCCUCUGCUUUUGCCUUCCUCAACCCCAAGCCAAACUAUUCUUCCUUCCAUCUAUAAAACCCAUUUCCUCAAUUUCUCCAUCUCUCGCCAAACAUGUCCAUAAACCACUUUUCCUCAGACCACCCAGAAACCCAGUGGUGGCCUAACACUGCCCACCAACAACAACAAGACUCCUCCAGACCCCAUUUCCUCCCUCAAUUUUAUCAAGACACCCACCACCACAAUUACCAGGCUUGGCUCAACUCCCAAGAACAACCCACACCCAUGUCCCCUACUCCUCCCACCCCUACCACCCUCAAUUUCAAUCUCAACCAAAACGACGCCGAAUCAGACCACGCCAACCAAUUACAGCACCACCUCCUCCUCCAAUCCUCCCCGCCGCUCGACGACCACGACGAGGAGAACGAGCCCAUGUUCGAGAAGCCCUUAACCCCUAGCGACGUCGGGAAGCUGAACCGCCUUGUCAUCCCCAAGCAGCACGCGGAGAAAUAUUUCCCACUCGGUGGGGGCGACUCAGGGCUCCUGCUGAGUUUCGAGGACGAGUCGGGUAAGUCCUGGCGCUUCCGCUACUCCUACUGGAACAGCAGCCAGAGCUACGUCCUCACCAAAGGGUGGAGCCGCUACGUCAAGGAGAAGCGCCUCGACGCCGGCGACGUCGUUUUGUUCGAGCGCCGCCGCUCACACACCGAACGCCUCUUCAUAGGCUGGAGGCGCCGCUCCGCUGCCGCCACUCCCUCGGCCCACGAUAGCGGGCCUGGCGCUACGCAGGUUAGCGGAGGAGCGGGCGAGAGCAGCGGUAGCGCGGGGGGCUGGACCAGGAUGUUCUAUUCUGCGCCGCAUCAUAAUAAUAGUGAUGGUGGUUCGUCUUAUCCUGCGCACCAGUAUCAUAAUCAUAGUGUGGCGCCAUACCCACCUGACUGUCUUCAUGCAGCAGGGUCUGGUGUCCAGAACAUGAGUCAAACGACGUCGUCGGUUGGGAGCUCGAAGAUACUGAGGCUGUUUGGGGUGAACUUGGAGUGCCAGCAGCAGGCUGAGCACGAGUCCGAGCCAUCCACACCCGAUGGCUCGUCGUCUUUGUCCAUGUCAUCGAGCCAGGGUCCAACCCCACACCACCACUUGUACCCCCGAGCUGCUUAUGACUAUGCUGCAGACCAGAGGGAUUUCAGUUUCUCCCGAGAUGGGAAUCCCAUGAGAAAUCGCCGAGGAUAAAAGAUCUGUAGGAUAUGACGUCCCUUUGAUUGACUCCUAUAUUUUAAUUUUUAACCCACUUGGAAGAAAAAAACCCAUUCUUUAAUUGUCAGUUCAGUCCCCACCAGAAGAGAAGGCAAAAAAGAAGAAGAGAGGGUACAUUAGUACAUAUAAAUAUAUAAUAUUAGAAAAAGGAGAAAAAAAAUCCCAGAUUUUCAGGUCAGGUCAAGUAAGUUUGGGCAAAGGCAGGGGAGAAGGGGAACCAAAAGGAAGGUGGAGUGGUGGUGGGGAAGGAAGGACAACAGAAGAGACACUCUGUUUGCUUCUACUUCUGCUGCUGCUGUGCUGCAGGUAAAAUGGAAAAUUAUGGGUGGGGUCCACUGGGGGGGGGGGAAACAUAGAGUAAGUAGAGCUGACGUCAUCCUUGCUUCUUCCAUGGAAAAUGAUGGGAAAUAUUUUCUGGGUCUUUGAAAGUUGAGGAAUCUUUUUUUUUUUUUAUAGUUAUUUAUUUAGGAGACACUGUUGAGAUUCUGGCUGGAGAUUUUGGAUAUGGUGAUAAUAAUG